GUCGCCAAUGCGCCAUUCAACGAGAGAGAUGCCGAUCUAAUCCUUCGUUCAUCUGACUACGUCGAUUUUCGUGUCCACCGUGUCAUUCUGAGGAUAGCCUCUCAAUUCUUUCGCACCAUGUUCACUCUUCCGCAGGAACCUGCCAGUCGCGAGGAUAUCCAGAUCGAGAUAGUCGAUGUUGCCGAGGACAGUGAUGCGUUGAACUGUGUCCUGCGGAUGUGCUACCCAGUUGUGGAUCGACCCAUCCCAACACUCGAGAUUGGGCGGUCAUCCUUGAGGGCCGCUCUGAAAUACGAGAUGGACCUAGCAAUCAACUUAUGCAAAACGGGUCUGCGCGGUUUCGCAGCCUCGCAGCCUCUGCGACUUUAUGCCGUGGCUUGCACCUUCGAAGAUGACGAAAUGGCAGAUUUCGCCGCGGAGAGCCUGAGACUUCUACAGUACCUUCGAACAGGCCGCAAGCAGGGAUUCAUAUAUACAUCACCAACCCCUUCGGCCCACGUGUCUCCGAGACGCACAGUAGACGACCCGCCCACAUCCUGCCUCACCGAUGGCACAGUAGACGACCCGCCCGCAUCCUGCCUCACCGAUGGCACAGUAGACGACCCGCCCGCAUCCUGCCUCACCGAUCAAAAUGCAGACCUCGUAAUCAUUACUUCGGAUCGGAUGAGCAUUCCAGUAUGCAAGGCCAUUGUCACAUUGGCUUCUCCUGUCUUGAAUGAGAUGCUGCAGAGACCACAGGCUAUAGGCGACAAUCUCAACCCCGAUUCUGAAUCUGUGAAAAAGCAGAACCAGUCAAUUUUCCGCGUCCCAGAGGAUAGCAAGACUAUGGAAGGGCUCAUACACAUUUGUUGGCCUGCGGGCGUCCCCAUGUCAAUCAGCGUGAGGUGGAUUCCACGUAUUUUCAUGGUCGCGCGGAAAUAUAAGAUGGAGAGAGCAAUGUGGAUCCUGCAACAGCAGUGGAAAACAUUAGCUACAAUGGAACCAUUACGCGCGUACCUUCUUGCCGCGUCCAGCGGCUGGAAAGAGGAGGCAUGUGCCACAGCUAGGGCCUUGUUGUCCCAGAAGUUCUCUCAUAUACGGGAUACGUACGUUCCCGAGCUUGAGACAACACCGACGGGUCCGUACUACCGCCUCCUGCUAUUCCACAAGGCGUGCGGAGAUGCAGCUGCGAAGGUAAACCCUCAACUCCUCGAUACAUGGACCUGCAAUUGCGGCGCGAACUGGAAGGCCUUGCAUGUACAACGAAUUUCGAGGUCUCUGGCAAUACGACCCUCUGCAUCCGUAUUCAACAAUGAAACGAUGUUCGGGGAGUUGUUACAGGAUAUGGGUUCCUGCUUCAACUGCCAAUCCAAGCUGACACACGUUUUGUCAACGCACGCCACGUAUGGUCGCAUGGUUGAGGAGGCGACUGCAAAGGUAUGCUUCGCACGGUCUUCGGUAUGA